GCCCCGGCCAUUUGCAUCGUCGCUCAUCGCCCCUUCCAGUUGAAAUCACAUCACGAUGAGUGCCCAGCAAGAUGUGAAGACGCCAGUGCCACCGAGGUGCAUGGUGCUCCUGGCCGACUGGUGCAAUGUGUGGGCAGGUAUCACCUUGGUCGUCUCCUUCUCCCUCAUUACAGGUGCAUUUACUUUCAAUUGGUUCAAGAUGUCUGGCGCCGUCCACACAAUCAUGCAGGUGACCAUGUGUGCCGAUGGGCGGUGGCAGCAGGCCUCUUGACGAAGAUUAACAUGAUUGUGAACAAUGCAUCGCUGGCUGUUGUGCAGACGAUCAUUUGCUUCGGUGGCCUUUUCUUCGCUGUAUCCGGUCUGUAUGACGGAGUCCCGGGGAAAGUUAUCAGCAUCCGCUACAUUCUGGCGCCUGACACCAACGCGCUUUUUGCUGAUGCAUGCCCCUAUUACGGCAUCACGUGCUUCAUGGUUGCCACUUCCAUGGGCUUGAGCGGCGUCCGGGGCCUUCCGAAGAACAAGUUCGUCAGCCCCUUCUGGGCCGUGGCAUGCUUCUUUAUCGGGGCUUGGACCAUCGGUGUCAUCGGGUUGUGGGGUCCGACGCUCAUUGGUGGCUUAGUGAGGUACGAGGACUUCGAAGCACCAACCGACCUUUACAAGCAGAAGACGUUUGCCUGGGCCUGGAUCCAUAUCUUCCAGGUCAUUGGCGCCAUCUUUCUGACUCUCGGCGGCAUCAUCUUCGGUCUGAUGGACAACAUCUUCUCCUUUGGCUCCAGCGCCCAGGGAAAGAAGUUUAGCGAUGAAGUCUCCGAGAGCAGCAGCAAUUUUGCCUGA